UUUUAUUCUGCACAGGGAUGGUUUGCUGGAAGAAACUUGGCAGCUUCUCAGGUCACAACUAAAUACCUUCUUUGGGUGGAUGAAGACUUUUUAUUCACAAAACAGACAAAAGUGGAAAAGUUGUUGGAAGUAUUAGAAAACACAAACUUGGAUGUGGUUGGUGGCUCAGUAAACGGUAAUCGUUUCCACUUUAGGCUGUGGUAUGAAUAUGGAAAUCCUGAUGAUGGAGAAUGCUUGUUCUCAAAGGCUGGGGGCUUUCAUCCCUUGAAUGGGUUUCCAAACUGUGUGAUAACCAGUGGUGUGGUCAAUUUCUUUCUGGCCAGGACAUCCAAGAUAUUGAAUGAUGGAUUUGACCCUCGAUUAGCCAGGGUAGCUCAUUCAGAGUUUUUCAUUGACGGACUCGGCAGACUGCUCGUGGGAUCAUGUAAUGAUGUCAUUGUUGGACAUCAGACGCGCCAGAGUCCAAAAAAUGACACACAGAAAGCAGUUGAACAAAAAUAUGCAAGGUUUCGACGGCCCUCUAGGCAUGACGCAGAUUUCAAACUUGCAUUGCAUUAUUUCAAAAACCAUUUAAAAUGUUACACCAAGAUUUAAUGGGUAAGAUUGUACAUUUCUAUUCCUG